AUGCCGCCUCGACUACCCCUGCGGCUCUCGCCGUCGAGGGCACUGCAAGCGGAUGCCGUCAAUAUAAAAUUCGCAGAUACAAACUCCUCCAUUCCUGCCUUCCUCCUCCCUUUCCUCCAAACGCAGUCCCAAACGCUUCCGCAACGCCGAUAUGCCUCAAUCCUAACCUCCCUAUCCGAUCGGCCCGGGGCCUAUAACAAGAGGAUUCGUCGCGGACGAGGUCCUGCUUCUGGCAAAGGAGGCAAGUCCGGUCGCGGGUCUGAUGGGCAGAAACAGCAUAGCAAAGUGCCUGAAGGGUUCAAUGGUGGUCAAACACCCGAACACAUUGUGCACGGAAAAUAUGGAUUCAAGAACUUAUUUGCCAAUGAAAUGUCCCCAAUCAAUUUGGACAAGAUUCAAUCCUGGAUCGACCAAGGCCGCCUGGACCCUUCCCAACCCAUCACACUGAAAGAGCUCUGCUCCUCCGGCGUGCUUGGUCGCAUCAAGGAUGGCGUGAAACUUCUCGGGAACGGGGCUUCUGAGCUCAAAACACCCAUCCACAUUGUUGUCUCGAGGGCGUCCCAAUCUGCCAUUGCUGCAGUGGAAGCCGUGGGAGGAACAGUGACAACACGCUUCUACACCGAGCAAUCGAUACGCCGUAUAAAGAGCAGCCAAACUCAUCCUUUCCUUUCUCUCCGGUGGGAUCCUUCAGCGCUGAACAACCCUCACCUGGCUGUAGAAGGGUCCGAGGUGGCCGAGAAUCGUGCCAGGGGCAUGGGCUUCCAGUACAGACUACCGGAUCCAAGCUCACGGAAAGACUUGGAAUAUUAUAGGGACGCGAAACAUCGCGGCUAUUUGAGCCAUAUGGUCAAGGAAGGCGAGAGCGCCAGCCUGUAUUUCAAGCCGCCAAUCAGCGAAGAGGAGCUGAAGGCCCUGAAAAGAGAGAGCGCAAGGAGUGGCAGGGCUGCGAAACGGAAGGAAGGAGAUAAGUUGUGGUAA